GGAGCCGGGAGCGCGCCGAGUGCUGGGUGGAGCUGGAGCCGUGACCCGGGAGGCUGCCGGCGGUCCCGGUGCAGCAGCAGCAGCAGCAGCAGCAACAGCAACAGCCCAGUGACAGCUAGGAGCGGAGGAUGGAAGCGGCCGGGAGCAGGCGGCCGGCCCCCGCCUGCAGCCGUGGGUAGCCCGGGGAGGGGAGAGCCGCGCCCGGGGAGGCAGCGGCCACAGCAGCCGUCCCGUCCCGUCCUCUCGGGGAAUAAACAGUCCGGAUCCGCCUGGUUGACUUGGGAAGGAGCGGCGGCGGCGGCGGGAUGCCGUAAGAGUGACAGGCCGGGGGUGUAUCUGCGGCUCAGCCGAGCGCUUCAAUGAUGGGCGACGCCACGGACCCGGCCAAAGACAUGAAGAAGACGUUCAUUGUCCCUGCCAUCAAAUCCUUCGAUCACUACGACUUCUCCAGAGCCAAGAUCGCCUGCAGCCUGUCGUGGUUGGUGGCCAAGGCGUUCGGGACAGAUCACGUGCCAGAGGAACUUGGGGAACCAUUUUACACAGACCAGUACGAACAAGAACACAUUAAGCCACCUGUUGUCAACCUGCUUCUCUCUGCCGAGCUGUACUGCCGUGCUGGGAGCCUGAUCUUGAAAAGCGAUGCUGCCAAACCAUUCCUGGGCCAUGAUGCAGUUGUACAAGCGCUUGCACAGAAGGGCCUUUACGUCACCGAACAGGAAAAGCUGGUGACUGAGAGAGAUCUUCGCAAGAAACCAAUUCAGAUGAGUGCCCAUUUGGCUAUGAUUGACACACUGAUGAUGGCUUACACUGUCGAAAUGAUCAGCAUUGAGAAAGUGGUCUCUUGUGUGCAGCAGUUCACAAACUUCUUCCCAGCCACAGAACUUCCCUAUGACAUUGAAGAUGCCAUCGUCUGCUGGAUAAAUAAGGUAAACGAACAUUUGAAGGCAAUAGUUGGCCAGGAGCAGAAGCCGAGGCGACCAGAAGGUCCAGAAAUACCUGGAAAUCAAAGGGCUCGUUACAGGAAGGAUCAAGCUCUACCCAAGCAAGUGCCCUGUAUCCCAGCAGUGGAAAACCUGCUGAAGGAUACCACGGAUGGAUGCUCGUUAGCUGCUCUGAUUCAUUUUUACUGUCCUGAUAUUAUCCGAAUGGAAGAUAUAUGCUUGAAGGAGACUAUGUCGUUGGCUGAUGGCUUGUACAAUCUACAAUUGAUUCAGGAAUUUUGUGAAGGUUACCUGAAUCAGUGCUGCCAUUUCCUUCUGGAAGACAUGCUCUAUGCAUCUUCAUCAAUCAAGAAUAACUACCUGGUAUUUAUGGCAGAGCUGUUCUGGUGGUUUGAGGUCGUAAAGCCCCCGUUUGUACAGCCCAGAUUGGCUUCGCAGUUGGAAGCAGAACCGCUUCACCCAACAAGGAACAUGCCUGCCUCUUUACCGAUAUCAAACGCUACUCGAAAAAGCUUCACGGACACCGGUUCCAACUCUGAGUUUGACUGCAGCAAAGCGAGUCCAACAUUUUCACCAUCGCAGCCCCUUCUGCCCUUGCGGCACACUCAGCAACGUCCACAUUCAUCAGAUUCAGGAAUCAUGCGUCGAUCUACCUCCAUGUCUUACAUGGAGGGUUACGCUGGGACUUGGCCUGAAAAGAAACACAGAUCCUUUCCCCAAGCAGUGUCGUUCAAAAUACCCUUUGAUUCAGACAAUGAUAUUGAUCCAUCCAGUAAAACUAACCAAACUUUAAUCAGAUCAAUUAGUAAUGACAGCUUAAUUUCAAACGUUAACAACACUCCUAAACAUUUGGUUAGAAAUGAAUCUUUGCAGCCAAUGAACGGGCAGAGCAACGGGACAGAAGAAACACAUGUGUCUAGUCACGAUGAGAGACUUGAAUGCUCAGCCAGGGGUCCUGGUUCAGCAACGGACAAUCUGCGAAGAUGCCCCCUGCAAGAUGCAGUGUCAAAUGGCCCAAAGGAAAAUAAUUUUGGUGUUGGAGACUACGAGAAUCACAAUGGCCCACCAAGCAUUGAAGAAGCUCUACAUAUAAUUCAUCAUGUAGACCAGCCUUAUUUAGAACUUGAAUCUGAACAACUAGCUGAUGGAUUCUUCCUGCAUGUUAAAAAUUCCAAUGACAUUAUUGCAAAAUCCAACAUGAAUCAAACCAGCAGCCUGGAUUCUAUUGCAGAGGUUAAGGACACUACUAGCUCCUUGACUGAUAAUACAGAGGUGGACACAGGAAUCCAUGUUCCAUCCGAAGAUAUUCAGGAAACAAUUGAUGAAGAUUUUUCCUUUAGAGACUACACCGUUAGUAUGGAUUCAGAUAUGGAAGACACGUCCAAACCUCAUGACUCUGAUCUGAAAAAUGAUGAUCCUUUCAUUUUACUUCCAGGCUCAAAUUGCUUGGCUGCUGGUUUACCAUCUGGAAAUGGCAUUUCUCCAGGUUCUGCAAUUAAGAUGACAAGUUUUGCCGAACAAAAGUUGAAGAAGUUGAACACCCCUGAUGCCAGAUUGAGCAGCAGCAGUUCGCAGAAGACUACUCCAGAGAGUUCAGAGCUUUGCACCCCUGGUGUGGUCUCCAGUUGCCAGUUAACUGAGCUAAGUCUCAGCAAACUAACCAGAGAUCCGGCUCAGCUGCUGGCUUCUGAAAUGAUUCAGCUUAAAAUGAAGCUCGAGGAAAAACGGCGAGCUAUUGAAGCCCAGAAAAAGAAGGUCGAAGCUGCUUUUACGAGGCAAAGGCAAAAAAUGGGCAGGACAGCAUUUUUGAAUGUUGUGAGAAAGAAGGGCGAUGAUAAUUCUCCAUUGAAGAAGCCUGGAAGUGAACAUGAAGAGAGAUUGGGGGGUGGUGAGGAGAAACUUGAUGCAAUUGGAAUGACGGGCAACUCCACAGAUAGCAGUACACAUGGUGUUCAGUCUUCAACCACUGCCGUUCAUUCAGAAAAAACGAGUUGGUGGAAUUUAAGCAGCCCCACUGAAGAAGCUAUGGGAGAUGUUGACAUCAUGGAAUACAACAGACUAAUUGAGAAGAUGAAUACGGCUUUACACGCCUUACAACAAGAGAUGCAACGCUUGGCAAACCAGCAGGAAUUAAUAAUGCAGAUGAGAGAACAACAGCAACAGCAGGCAUGGGUAAUAUCUCCCCCGACUCAAUCAUCCUCACCACAGAAGCAAGUCAGAGAGCUGCGAUCCUCUUCACGGUCAACCGGGUCACAAUCUCCUUCCCUUUCCUCUUCUGGAGAAUCUCCUCGUUCCACCCAACGCUCUCCUCAAACUGUUAAGCGAAGGUCUUCAUUCUCGCACGUGAAGAAUUCGAAAUCGAGGCCAAAUGAAUUGAAGAUAAAGCCAUUAAACCGUGUUCUCACCCCGACGUGUUCUGUCGACCGGCUUCCUCAUCUCAGGCAGUUUUCCCCCAGCCAGACCCAGAUGAGGUCAUUCAUUUUCCUCAGAGAUGUCGAACCAGAGGACAUUCCGAAAGCAGACUGUGAAAAAUCCACGACUGAGGUAGCGAAGCCACAAAGUGAAGUCACAAAUGAAAAGCCUUUUAAACCAGAGGCUUGUGAGUCGCAAUUUGAGCCCAAAAUAUUGCAAGGGCCCAUGGUGUCGACGGAAAAUUCUGAGCCUUCAGCAGACACUCCGACUAAAAGAAAAUAUCCCGUUGACCGGACUGGAAAGCCAACCUUAAUUGAGGUUUCCCUUUCUGAAUUAAAGCUGUCUGACGAGGAAACGGAAGGGGAUGAAGCAAAUAAUGGUGAAAAAGAACAUGUUGAAGAACAGAAAUUGUGUUGUGGAUUCUUCUUUAAAGAUGAUCAGAAAGAUGAACAGAUUGCAAUGAAACGAGCAGCUCUCUUGGAGAAACGUGUGAGGAGGGAGAAGGAAAAACAGAUCAAACAACAGCAGUUGGAAGCAGAGCUGGAAGAGAAGAAGGAAGAAGCAAGAGUAAAAGCGGAAGAAGAGCGGCAAAAGAAGGAAGAGGAGAGGUCACGAAGAGAUUUCAUUAAACAAGAGUAUCUCAGGAAAAAGCAGUUGAAACUAAUGAAGGACAUGGAUAGCGUGAUCAAGCCUCGUCCUACCAGCCUGAAACUGAAGAAGGCCCGUCCAAGAUCUUUUCGAGAGGAUUCAUCAAGUCCACGAACACCUGUCAGAUCAUCAGCAGUUUCCUGUCUGUCUCUGGCAUCAUUGAACACUGCAGAUGCUGAUAGUGUACGUUCAGGAAAGAAAUCUCCCAGGACAGAAUCAGUGGAUGGAUUUAUAUCGUCAGGUUGUUCUGCCAAUCGGAAUGGUGAAAAAGACUGGGAGAAUGAGUCAACAACAUCUUCGGUUGCUUCUGCAACGGAAUAUACAGGACCAAAAUUAUACAAAGAACCCAGUGCAAAAUCUAACAAACACAUAAUUCAGAAUGCAAUUUCCCACUGCUGUUUAGCUGGAAGAGUCAAUGAAAGUCAGAAGAACAAAAUACUUGCGGAAAUGGAAAAUUCUGAAGCCAAUAACUUUUUGAUCCUUUUCCGCGAUGCCAGUUGCCAAUUCCGUUCACUCUACACCUACAAUACUGAAAACGAAGAAAUCAUUAAGUUGACAGGAAUAGGACCUAAACACAUUGGAUGGAAAAUGAUUGAGGCACUCUACAAAUACAACUCUGAUCGCAAGCAAUUCAGCCGCAUUCCUGUCAAAUCAUUGUCUGCCUGUGUGGACGCGAUUAUCAUCCAUGGCCAUCUGUGGCAGCAUAAAAGACCCAGCACUCCCAAAUUGCUCACGCCAAGAUCAUAGUGAGGACAACCAUCACAAAAAUAGUAAUGGCAUUAAGCAAUUGCACUUCAUCGUAACUGCCUGAGGACAAGGGAUUUUCCAGUGGCCCAGAGCAUUCCUUAUGUUUGUAAAUUUAAUCUGCCCAGUACAAACAAUGGAAACUGGACACCAAACUUCACUUUCAAUAUGCACAACUGGAAUGUAUAGGUUAAGGGUCUUAGAAGGACAUCACUGUUACAAUUAGAAGUAAAAUGAUUCAUUGUGAAACUUUUUAUUGCUUUAUCAUGCUUGCAGUUUACUAUUUGACAAUUUGUAACAUCACUGCCAUAACUUGUCCUUUGGUACACUGGAGAAUCAUUAAUCUGAAUGAUACCUAUUUAAACUAGUAAUACUUCUUUUGCUGUGUCACAUUUGUUAAUGUUGUUACAACUGUCAUACAAUUUGGCUCAUGUUUUAAAGGGGAGGUCUUUGAUAUCCUUCAGCCUUUAAUGUUUGUUGUCCUUCAGUAUUAGCCAUGUCAGCAUAAAGGGGCUGAUGUCUGCAGAUUAGUGCAAAGGUGCUAUGUCGCACUGAUUUACUUAAAUACAAAGCUAUUGGCCUGAUACAAUUUUUCCAGAAUAUAUAUUUGAAGCAGGUUUUAUAACAGUAUUACAAGUUAACCCAAAAAACGUAGGUCUACAGUGUUAGAAGUACAGCAUCAUUGACGUGACAAGAUUGAACAUUUUCUUCUGUUGCAUGCAACAAAGCCAUGUGAACUCGCAUUAACUCCAUUGACUUCAGUGGAACCUAAUUUCAGUAGUGGAGUAUUACAUGCAGACUCUACUGCAUGAAGAUAUGGGGUAAAUUUUCAUUCCUAUGCUUCAAAGCUAUGGCAAGAAUCUGUAAAACUGCAGCGUAAAGUAGCUAUUGCAGUGCUUCUGCUGCAGAUGUGCACAACAGUACAGGGGAAUGGUGUUUGCUUGCUGCUUCUGCUGUUUUACUUGGUUUCAGCAAAUACAUGGUUUCCUGUAUAUACAGAAGGGAUGGUGAUAGUUAUUGUACUGUGAGUAAUGGAUAGAAGUAGAGGCUAAAAUCUAAGACCAGACCAGUUAUAAUGACACUGGACAGUGGGCAAGGUAAGAUGACUGGAAAAGAAAUUGUGGAAAUGGUAAAGGAAGUAGAGUUUUUAAUUGUUUCAAUUCAUGGUUAGACAAGUAGUUAGACAAAUGAUCCUAUAUGUCUUUAUUGUAUGGUAUAAAACUAACCACAAGAGAGACAUCAUUCACAUUCCCAUCUCUUGAGGAUGCAUUCCAUUUGUGAAUCACAUGCACUAAGUUUUGCAUUGAGAUUAAUGUCAGUAAUUUAUUGUGUACCACAUAUGUGGAAGGUCUCGCAUUGCGGUGACAAGUCGUGUGCCAUUCCAAAGUCAAAAACAAAAUGCUGGAAAUAAUCAGCAGAUCAGGCUGCGGUUGUGGGAAGAACCGCAACCAGAGUCAAUGUUUCAGCUUGAAGACUCUUCGCCAGAAAAAUCAUGGGUCAUCAACCUGAAACAUUGACUCUUUUCUUCCACACACACACAAGCUGCCUGCGCUUGUGAGUAUUUCCACUGUUUUCUGUUUAUAUUUUAGAUUAUUUAUUUUAGAUUUCUUGCAUCUGCAGUUUUCUUGAUGCUUACGUGCCAUUCCAAAUUGCUGUUAUUGUACCAUGGUGAACGGAUGACUCCAGAAUAUUGUGGACUAUUAAUUUAUAACCAUGUGUAUGCUCCCCAUCAUUCCAAAAAAAUCCUACUUCUAUCUGUUUUUUUUUUGUCUGGUGAGUGGAUAGCACACAACUCUUCUCACACCCAUGCCACCAGCCAAAUAAAUUUCUCACCGCAUUUUCUUCAGCCAAUAUCAUUUUCACUUUACCACUGACAUUCCCCACUGACUGUUUGUUCUUGUCCAUCUAGUGCACUUGUUACCGUGAAGCUGCUUUCUCAACAUACUGUCCCAUUGUAUGUAAUUUGACAUUUAAUGCUGUUCUUAGUAAUCAGUUAUUGAGGCUUUCAGAUUUUUGGUUUGUUUUGUUGCGAUAUCAAUCUGCAGAAUUCUCAGUAUUUUCCACUCCUUUUCUUUCUGUAUCACGGCCCAUCCUGAUGAUGAUCCUUUAAAUUUCUCAUGCUGUUUUUUACAGCUGAGAUGCAUUUCAGAUCUUGGUUUAUUUCAUGCUAUCCCCCCCCACACCCCCACACCUCUUGUCAUUCCUUUCAACUGACGUGUGGUUGUUUUAUUUUCCUUCUUCCUUUAAUCGCCUUAUGAUAUACACCCUCUCCCUUACGCUAACUAUAUCUCUCCCUGUCCGUCUGUUCUCUGCCCAUAAUGCAGGCACUCUUUGCCUAAUUCACUUACAUUUCUGUGUUCAUCGUCUCGCUCUCUUUCACUCUGUUUGUAUUUAGAAAUUGACUAAGAAGUACAAGUGACGGUAUCUUGGCUGAAGUGAUUUUAAAAUAUUCCCUUUGUAGAUCUUCUGUUGAUUUUAUGUGCCUUUAAUCUUUUAAAGUUUUCGAAUCGCUUGAAGAAGUUAUGAUUUGCUCACUCUUGCCUGAAAACUCACUUCUUACUGCAAUAGCUUUUGCCAUGGUCAACUAUAUCUGUGUCAUAUAAGGUUUGUUGAGAUUAUCUGCUCACUCACAUGUAUCAGUAUUGCUGCUUAUAAUGAUGGGAAAUGUAUUCCAAUGUUUAAUUCUUGAAAAGCUUAAUAUCUUCUUGGUCUUUCAUUGGACCAGCCGGAAACUAUAGGAAUCUUAUUCUGACGGGUACACAUUUUCAUACAUUAGUUUGUUUAGUUUGUUUUAUUUGGCUUGCUUGGAUUUGAUCUUUAAGCAGUCGAUUUCAACUCCUGCCUUCCGAUCAGAUUUUUGACUUUUCUGCCAAUUACUUGAGCAAAUCCUUUUUUGUUGCACUGUCUGCAUGUACAUGGAAUUAUUUUAGGAUUAAUACAAAAGUGAAAGUGCUGUACUUGUACAAGUAUAAUAAAAUUCUAGACUGAACUCUAUGGUGGAGCUCACCAUUUGGUCAGUUCAAUUGUUGAAAUAGUUUGUUUUACAUUUUGAAGUUCUCAAUGCCAGAGGUUCCGAGCAAUUCAAUUGCUUAUUGCUGGUUUUGUUUAUUUUACUGCCUAUCCUUCUCUUUCCCAAAUGCCCAUUAUCCUGCAGUUAUCCAUUGUGACAACCACAUCAGUAAAAUCAACCAUCUCCAAAAUAAUGUUAUUAUGUCUAUUAACCAUGAAGUGAACAUUAAAAGUUUGAAUUAAAUGCUGUAAUACCUAAAGUACAAUUUUUUGAAUUAAAAUAAAAAAAGCCCACUUAGCGAGAUAAGUUGGGAGCCCAGAUGAUAGCUUUUAGUAACAAAUAAUGUUUCUAAAAAUAUGUUUUUUACUUGGAAGCCACAUCCGCAGAAUGAGGUGAUUGGAAAGUGUGUGAAUUUUUAAAUUUGUGAUUAGAGCUACAUUUUGUAAUGCAGUGAUUACAAUUGCAUAGAAAGUUCAGCUGUGCUUUGCUGUUGGCAUUUCCAAUUCAUUGCAGUCUUCCAUUUCCAGCAUCUUUGUAGUUGUUUAGUCUCAGUUUUAAUCUGUCACGCACGCAAAGUAACUUCAGCUUCUCAAAGGUUAUUUACCAACUGCCUAUCUUUGCUUGAAACCAGGAGUAGAUAGACUGGGUGGACAGGUGUGCAAGCAACAAUUUUAGCUGCUAUCCUGUACAACCUAUUUAAAAAUCUAUGGUUUAGAAAUACAGCAUGAAAACAGGCCCUUCGGCCCACCGAGUCCGCGCCAACCAGAUUACCCAUUCACUAGUUCUAUCCUACAAACUAGAGACUAUGUACAGAAACUAAUUAACCUACAAACCUGCACUUUGGAAUGUGGGAGGAAACUGGAUAACCCGGAGAAAACAGGGAGAAUGUACAAAUUCCAUACAGACAGCACCAGUAGUCAGGUUCAAACCACUGUGCUGCUCAAAAAUACACUGACAAUAUUGAACUUUUCAGAAAUUCAUUUUACCUUUUAAAUAAUAAAUGCAUUGGUUUCCUGGAGGUUGUUUCCCCAAGGACAACAAGGAAGGGAAUAAUAAUGGGAUAAAUCAAAGUUCUUACAUUUGGCAUCCAAGGAAAAUUUGAAGCCAUGUGUGACAUUGAUUCCCUUUUUAAUACAUAUUUAUUUUUAAGUGUCACAUUAUUAAAGGAUAUGAAUAAAGACUAGUUUCAGAACUGAUCACAAAAGGAAAGUUGUGUUGAGCUGCAUUACUCCGAUAGGCAGGAACAUGGUCUCCAAAUCUAUCACUUCCUACAUUUAAUAACCUGGCCAAUAUUUGUCUGUCCAUGCGUAGUUGUUAAACUCAAAAUACGUUGGGUUCAUGGUGUCUGUGACAGUAAGAGAAAUCUCUUCCCUGAUCUCUUACUAUCUCGAAAUCUCUUCCUUGAUCAUUUUAAUGAUUUUCUGUGGCGAUUUCCUGGGAACUUUUAGAAAGGGACAUAAGAUUGAAGGGGCAAUUUUCACACCAGUGUAACUUGUAAACGAUCUAUAGAAUGAUACAUUUUCCCAGAAUAUAGGUUACGGCAUCAUCUGGGUUGUCAUUUGGUGCCUCACAUGUUAGAACUCUUGACCAAGUUGUUUCCAAACCUUAUGAUCCGAGCCGCAAGUUUUCCCAGUCUGCAGAUACUGGUUUAAAAAAAGAUAGAAACUGCUGGAGUAACUCAGCAAGUCAGGCAGCAUCUCAGAUACUCUUGUACUUUAUCUUUGUCAUUUUUCCCCAGGCUGAACUGUGGAACGAUGCUGGAUAUUUUAUAAGAAAAGUUUUUUUUUAAAUUAACUUAUUUCCUCCCCACCAAAAAAAAAGGAGUGAUUCAUACAUGUGGUUUGACACAUUUUACAAUAACUGACAAUUUAUUUGCUUACAAUUGCUUUAAUCUUUCACAUUCCAUUUGUUUGUCUGCAAACAUUAUGGUUUCAGCUGGGAUAUUCUGAUUUUACUCUGACCUUAAACCCAAACUUUGGAAAGGUCGCAGUGGUUUGAGGACAAAACAAAGAUACACAUCUUGCUUCAUGUUCAUUCCUUAUCUCCUACAUUAAUAUAAAUCAUGUAUAAACAAGUUAUACAGCGUGGAAACGGGCCCAGCAGAGCAACUUGCCCACUCCGACCAACAUGUCGCAUCUACACUAGUCUCACCUUGUCAGCAUUUGGCACAUAUCUCUCUAAACCUGUCCUAUCCAUGUACCCAUCUAAAUGUUUCUUAAAUGUUGCGAUAGUACCUGCCUCAACUACCUCCUCCGGCAGCUUGCUCCAUACACCCAACACCAUUUGUAUAACAAAUAAUUACCCAUCAGGUUCCUAUUAAAUCUUUCAUCCCUCACCUUAAACUUAUAUCCUCUAGUUCUCGAUUCCCCUACGCUGGGCAAGAGACUCUGUGCAUUUACCCAAUCUAUUCAUCUGUCGAUUUUGUAUACUUCUAUAAGAUCACCCCUCAUCCUCCUGUGCUCUAAGGAAUAGAGUCCUAGCCUGCACAACAUCUCCCUAUAGCUCAGGCCCUAGGGUCCUGGCAACAUUUUCGUAAAUCUUCUCUGCACCGUUUCCAGCUUGACAAAAUUCUUUCCCAUAACAUGGUGCCUAAAACGGAACACAAAACUCUAAAUGUGGCCUCACCAACGUUUUAUAUAUCUGCAUCCUGACCCUACCAAAUUCUAUACUUAAUACUCUGACUGGUGAAGGCCAAAGUGCUGAAAGCCUUUUUGACCACCCUAUUUACAUGCAAUGCCACUUUCAAGGAACUACAGUUGGUACCUGCACUCCUCGGCCCCUCUGUUCUACAUCACUUCCCAGAACCCUGACAUUCAGUGUAGGUCCUGCCCACAUUGUACUUUCCAAAAUGCAACACCUCACAUUUCUCUAUAUUAAACUCCAUCCACCAUUCCUCAGCCCACCUGCCCAACUGAUCAAGAUCCUGCUGCAAUUUUUGACAACCAUCUUCACUAUCUGCAAUGCCACCCACUUUUGUGUAAUCUGCAAACUUGUAAAGUAAUUUGGUUUAUUUUUUAAAUCCAGCCCAUUUGUGCUUAAAAACUGCAGAUAUCUGUUUUUUUUCUAAACUGUUGGAAUUUGUCUGGCAUUGAUUUCUGUUUUUUUCUAUCAUAUAAAUAACAUUUAUAACAUAAAUUAAAAAAUGAAGAGUUAACCAACAUAGCAUUAUUUAACAAAGGGCAAGGUUGUGACACAUUGAACUAAGCAAAUGAAGAGUAAUAUCAAAAUUGUAGCAUCAAUAAAAAUUUAAUGAUGGCUUAAUAUUUACACAAGGUCAAUUCUAAUUUCAUGCUUUAAAUGUAUCGUUUGUGCAGAAGAAGUUGCAUGUUGGUGGAAAUAGAAAAUCUGUUUGUGUUUCUUUAUAAUUAUGUUCUAUACUAUGUAAUCUGAUGCCAAUAGGUUACCAUUAAUUUCCGAAUGAUAUUCUGUUAUCCACCACUAAGUGAAGACCUUCAGGUGAAAAACUAUACACUGAUUCGUGCAUUGAUACUUUGUCAGCCAAACCUCUGGUUUCCUAUAUGAAGCAUUGUAAAAUGACUUACUGCAUGUGUUCAGCGCAGUUGUGGCAAUGGUUCUAACGGGAGGGGCAAGGGGCAAUUUUUAAUAUAUUCUCCAGGUAGAGUGUGUGAUCUGAAGUUUUGAUUGUAUUGAUUCUUCUCCAACCCUUUGCACUUUGCUUGACCUUUGCCCUAACAUAAUCAACUUGUCUGCCAGGUAUAAUGUUGGACAUACGAUGUACAGUGCCUCAGCAUUUUUAUCAGCUGGUGAUUCCUCUUCUAUUUGCUCAGAAGCUUCAAAUUCUUUAGAUAUGAAAUUAAUAUCCAAAACAUUUUGAAUACUUAAAUAUAAUUUAUGCAUUCAUUUUUGUACUUUCCUUAACUAUAUACAAAACCCUAGUUUAUGGACUUUAACAUGAUUAGUAACUGAGAAUCUUAUUUAAAUUUGUAAAUUGCAAUAGUUGAUACUUAAUAAUACUGUUUGCAUGUUACCAAUGUUGAGGUUAUAUAUGAUGUAUUGAUUUGUAUAGCUGAGCAUGUACACAACCAAUAUUCAGAGUCUGCUUUGAUCAGCCACAUUUGGCAAGUUAAUCCUAUCGUUCCAGACCCAUUUAAAAAUUCAUGAAUAGCAACCGUUUUUAAAAUAAUAAUUACUACCGUGAAUCAAAUGAUUAAUAUUUUGAAAACGGAAUGAAAAAAUUAUAAAAAUCAUGAAAUACAUGCGUAAACAGGCAGGUUACAAAAUCUAAUGAUCUAUGUUCCUUCACUCGUUUAAAUUUGCACUUCCGUUUGGGUGACAUUUUCAGUAUUUUUUUUAUAUGUUAGCAGGAGUUGCAAAUAACCUUCUCUUGGAUGGCUAAGCCAAAAUCUUUCAAUUACAAGGACCAGAGGUAUUCAGAGUCAUUUCAAGAUGUCACCUCUUUUGAGGUCUGUGCAUCAUUUUGCAAUCUGGUUGUUAGUGCACAUGUGCAAUAAUGUAUAUUGUUUCGUAUUGUCCAAUGUUUAUAUAUUAAACAAGCCUUUUUCAAAAGUCACGUUCUUUUCAAAAUCUGGGUGUCCAAACCAAAAAGCUACAGAGGUUAUGAGCAAUGAAGGACAAUGGGAGCAGGUCUUUGUAUUAUUACUACAGUUCCCUCAUGUUUGAUCAUUAUUGUACUAGAAGGAUACUUGUGCAGUGUGUUCACAAACCAUAAUAAGUCACUUUUAAUUUAAUAUCAUUUUAUUUUUUGAAUUGUGGUUGAGAAGAGGAAUGGCAAAAGGUGUCAAUGGACUUGUAGCUUUUCUUACAGUUAGUUAUUAUUGGAAAAGCUCAUUUAGGGAUUGUGUGGUGUUCCACCCAGUCAGCUACACUGGUGCUUUCAUCAUGGCUAUAUUUAUAGAAAAUAAAAUAUAUUUGUUUCUCCAUGGAAGUAAUUUUGCCUGUCAUUAAGUUACUGAAACCUUCCUGAUUUUUCUCUGGAGUUUUAUCUCAGUUGACUGUUUCAUAACAUUUUGGCUGUUUAAAGCCAGAAUGAACUAAUAUUUUUUUUCCUCGUCUUGGUUGCUAAAUGUACAAUAUGUUCUAUGUUGAAACCUCAGAAUCUGUCCACUUAAAUAGAGCUCUGCUUCAAUUUAUCAGAUGCUGUGCUGUCUAAUUCUGUCAUGCCAUCAUUUAGUUUGCUAGAUACUAGUACUGUGGAAUACUUUUUUUCAUUGAAUAAAGUAAAUAAAGCAUGA